AGACUUUUCUAGUUCACUGGAAGUUGGUCUUUGUUUAGGAUCAGCAUCUCAACACUUAGCAAUUAAAUCCUUUAACAGUCGUGGUGCUCUAAAUUUGGCCGCAAGCCUUGUAAACUUAGAUUUUGGGUAUGAG